AUGAUAGACGAUAUUUUGGUUUUUGGAUGCACCCGCCGGGAACAUGACGCCAAACUGAGCCAGGUGCUAUCUCGCCUUGCAAAAGCAGGUAUCGCAUUGAACCAGGACAAGUGUCGUUUUGGGGUACCUGAGGUCUCCUUCCUCAAAGUUGUCGUCUCAGCACAGGGCAUCAGGCCAGAUCCGGGCAAGGUCGAAGCAGUCAAAGCCAUGGAAGCCCCAACGGACGUCGCUGGCGUUAGAAGACUGCUCGGAAUGGUGAACCAUCUUGCCAGGUUCUUGCCACACAUCUCGGACGUCACGGCUCCCAUCAGAGCCUUACUGAACAAGACUGCGAGUUGGGUGUGGCAGCACGAGCAAAAGGCAGCGUUCGAGAAAAUCAAGGAACUCUUGACGUCAGACAGGUGCAUGGCCAAGUACCACCCGUCGUACGCCACUAUGGUGUCUGCAGACGCAAGCUCAUUCGGACUCGGCGCAGUUUUGCUACAGAUGCAACCCUCAGGAGAGCGCCGCCCAGUCGCAUUCGCUUCGAGGUCAAUGACCGAUACCGAGCAGCGUUACAGCCAGACUGAAAAAGAAGCUUUGGCAACGACGUGGGCUAUCCAAAGGUUCGACGAGUUCGUCCGUGGCAUCCCCUUCGACGUCGAGACUGACCACCUGCCACUCGUUUCGCUUCUGGGCAAGAUGGAACUGGAUGUGUUGCCGCCUCGUAUUCAGAGACUACGGCUGAAGACCAUGCAAUACCAGUUCCGUAUGCUGGACGUGCCAGGAAAGCUGCUAGCCACAGCUGAUACGUUGUCGCGCAUCGUCUACAAGCCACCCACUCCUCUAGACACUAUCGAACUUUUUGCAGCACAGGUAGUCGGCUGCAUGUCGGAAGUCUUGCCACUCAGCCCUAAAGACGUGCGACAGGCACAAGAGUCCGAUGGCGAGUGCAAAGCCCUCGCUUCCUACUGGCAGAAUGGUUGGCCUAAAAAGACCACGAUACCACUGCACCUUACAAAGUACGCCUCGGUGGCAGACGAGCUCUCUGUCUGCGACGGUGUUCUGUUGAAGGGCGCCCGGUUAGUCAUCCCAUCGUCCCUUCGGCCAGCGGUCUUGACGCUGUUGCAUGAAGGUCAUCAGGGCAUCAACAGGACCAAAGCCCUAGCUCGGGAGUCAGUUUGGUGGCCCGGUAUCUCGACAGACAUCGCCUCUCUCGUUGCCAACUGUGAACAGUGCGCUUCCACCCGCGUGAACUUUGCCGAGCCCCUGCUCUCGACAGCCCUACCUGGACAUCCCUGGGAAUUCCUUGGUAUGGACUUGUUCCACCUCAACGGCCAGACGUUCAUCCUGGUGGUGGACUAUUACUCAAGGUUCCCUGAGGUGGUGACCCUGAGGAGCACGACAGCUCAGGCAGUCAUCGAUGCUCUCAAAUCCAUCUUUGCCCGCCAUGGAAUCCCGCAAGAAGUCAGGUCAGACAACGGCCCACCAUUCUCGUCGCAAGAGUUCGCGGCGUUUGCAGCUUCAUACGGCUUUAACCACAGGACCAGCAGUCCACACUACGCUCAAUCGAACGGAGAGGCGGAGAGGAUGGUGCGUACUAUCAAGGACCUGUUUCGCAAGUCAAAGGAUCCUUACCUGGCUCUGCUCAGCUAUAGGGACACUCCAGGAGUCAACGGCUUUAGUCCAGCCCAGCUGUUGAUGGGACGUCAACUCAGAACCAGAGUCCCAAAGCAAGGCUCCCAGCUAUGUCCCAACUGGCCCCCAAUGAAAGAAGUCGUCGCCAAGGAUGCGACUUACAAGCAGAAGCAGGCCGACAAUUACAACAGGCAUCAUGGAGCUCGAGACUUGCCGCCACUCCAAACAGGUCAGCGUGUCUGGGUGCGACCUGAUCAAGUGCAGGCUACGGUCCUCAGUCCGGGGCAAAGACCAAGAAGCUACGUGGUCGAAACGGAGCGAGGUGGCACCCUACAGCGCAACCGGCGUCACCUAGUGCCUUUUGGGACUACUGCCUCCGGAGAGGAACCACCACCACUGCAGCAAGUUCGCUGUCAGGAGCCUCGGCCUGCCAACAUCGUGGAAUCAACGGUCCCCCUCGGACAGUCGGUGCAACAGUCCCCUGCAGCCAGGGACCGCAGUGACGAUACCCAGCUGGCUUUGCCUACUUCCCACACGCACCACUGGCUGACAAACAUCAAGCCAGGCCAAUCGAGCACAGGGAUGUGCCAAGACGAAUUUGCUUCGGCCGAGGCUCCCAAGUUGCGUGGCACCAGCAGAGACCACCGUCCACUUCUCGAACACCACGAGACCUUGACAUGA